CCCAGAUUAUCCAGCCUCUCCUUAUAAAUCAAAAUGGAAUAUAAUGUUAAUACCAUAUCACAGGACCUCUGCAAAGCAGUGUCUGAUACUGAGUGCAAGAAGGUAUCAGAGCAAAUUACUAAAAAUUUUUUUGGAGAGGUUAUGGUGAGUAUUUUAAAGGAAAGUGAAGUGGAGAGCUUUAAGGAGGAACUUCCAGAGCUUGGGGUCCAGGGAACUGAAAGAACAGCCAUCUAUGGUGGAGUUACAUGAUUGGUUUUGACUGGCACUUUGGGCCAAAGAGCUGUUUUUUGUGCUGUGAACCUCUGAUUCUGAUUUAAAAUCAGGAAUGUUCAAGAGGCUGGAAUUCAGAGUGCAGAGAUCUCACAGUAUUGUGGGGCUGGAGGGGAUUAGAGAGAUUGGGAUGACCACAAUCAUGGAGGAAAACCUUCAAAUGUAGGUGCUUCUCAAAUGUGAGCUUUUAUGGUCAAUGAGCAUAGAUGUGAUGCGUGAAGAAGAUUUGGUGUAAGGAAGCACACGGCAGCAGAAUUUUAGAUGAGCUCAAUAUGACUCAGAGGCUGAAUGUCCAAGGCUUGGAGUGUGUUAUGUUCAGUUAAGUUUAGAGGUAGCAAAGGAAUGAAUGAAAGUCCCAGCAGCAGGUGAGCUGAGACGAAGAUGGAAUCAGGUGAUGUUACUGAGAUGGAAAUGAUGAGGAUGGUGAUGAUAAGGAUAUCUGGUUGAAAACACACCAUGGGGUGAAAUAUUUUGCCGUGGUUGUGAAGACUGUGGCAUUCAGCCUCAGCUGGUUUCCGAGGAGAGGGUUAAAGUCUAUGGGGCAGAAGUGGAAUUUGUCAUCAGAACUGGAAACACUGCUGUUAUCUUCCCAGUAGUUAAAUGGAGGAAAUUUCUGCUGAUUCAGUCCUCGAGCUCAGACAAGUCAGGAUUGUCUGAGACUUGGUGGAACUUGGAUGACAUUCACAUUCAUCUGUUGCCCUGAUACUUCUACGUGGUGUGGGUUGAGAGUUUGGGAGGUUCUGUUAAAAUUUUGGUCAAAUUGUAGUAUAUAAUUCCCUCUCCUUCCCCUAUUUUCUUGCACCUCUCUUCCUUUCCCUCUUCUCAUAGAAAUCAGAUCUAUUUAUACAUCCAGACUGAAUGGCAGGUUCCAUUACGUAAAGGACAUCAGUGAUGCAGUUAAGUUUUUAUGACAAUUCAGCAGCUUCCAAGGUAAUUUAUGCUGCACCAAGUGCUAGCCCCACAGGUUCCUAGAUUCAUUCAGCUCCAUUGCACAACUUGCAUUUGUCUCAUUCUCUCUCAUUCUCUCUCUCUCUCUGUCUCUCUCUCUUCCCCCCGCCCCCCCACCAUUCUCUGUCUCACGCAUGUGGUCUGUUGCGCCGCGCUCUCGCUCUCUUUCUCUCUCCUUUCCUCGUUCCUCCCAUUACUUCAAAUUCAAUGGAUUAUGAUCGGGAAAGAUUUGCAGUUAGGUAAUGUCACCUCAGGAUAUUAAUCAUAACCUUGAACGAAAAAAUUUUGAAUGUGGAAGUAAAAGGACUAUUCACAAGUGUAGUCACACUAGGGAGAAAUCGUUGCAAUUUGGAGACUGUGAGAAGGGAUUCAGUUCCUAAUCGGAGCAGGAUGCUCAUUGCACUCACACAGAGGCCCUUUCACCAGCUCCGAGUGUAGGAAGGGAUUCACUCGAAUGGUCAAGCUGAUGACACAUCAGCAAGUGCACGCAGGGGACAGACUUUUUAAAAACCCAAGCUGCGAGAAAUAUGAUAAAUGAUGGGACUUCAUGUCCCCAGAAAUGCGUUUAUGCCACUGGUAGACCAUUCAGAUGCUGUCACCGUGGGGUUUGGUUUAGGGGUUCGUUUCAACACCAGUGAAUUCACCCUGGGGUGAGGCUCUAUAUGUUCAUUCCCUACUCAGUACUUCCCCCUCCCUACCUUUUGUGAACUCCUCCAGCACCACAUCUCUCUCAAAUAUCUGCCCUUCUAUCCUGACACAUAACUCUUAUUUUGUUUGUUCCACUAUGAGUCUGUACUUCCAGCUGCUGAAGUAUCUUUGUUGUGUAGUUCCCUUCCUAAAGCACUCUGCUUUUACCUGUUUCACUCCUGAGAUAUCCCUUAAUAUUUAACUCUUUAAGCAGGCAUUUGUCCAUCUGCUUUAAUUUCUUUAUAUGUGGCCCUGCGGGUUUGUUUGUUUAACACCAUGUUAAAUGUUUUGCUAUGGGGAAAGUGCAAUAUGAAGGUGCGAUGAAAAGCAGUAAUACCACUAGAAUCCAACUCCUGUAACCCCCUGUAAACUUACAGGUGUCUCAGCCACUGGAUGUCUGAUUGAAUCCUUCCUGCACAUGGAGUAGGGGAAUGGUCUGUCCCCGGUGUGACUGCACCAUUGUGUGAUCAGUUCGGUUUCACAGGGUAUUAGAAGCGGAAGAUUUGCAGUGAGGAAACGUAAACCAAACAUCACUUCAGGAUCUGACUGAAUCGUCCAAUUUAUUGUAGCCUGGAUAUCAUUGGAUAUUGAACAUGGAAGAAAAAGACACCACUCACAGUGGGGAGAAACCAUACACAUGUUGUACAUGUGGACAAGGCUUCAGCAGAUCAUCUACCCUAUCAAAACAUCAAUACAGUCAUGCUGGGGAGAGGCCAUUCAUCUGUUCCCAGUGUGGGAAAGGAUUCACUCGAUCAUCCAUCCUGCUGAGACACCAGCAAAUUCACACGGAAGAGAGACCUUUUAAAUGCGCAGACUGUGGCAAGUGCUUUAAAAGCCCUGGAGAUCUGAUGUCCCAUCAACGUGUUCACACUGAUGAGAGACCAUUCUGUUGCUCUCACUGUAGGACUGGAUUCAGGUGGUCAUCCCAACUCGCUGCACGCCAGCGAGUUCACACUGGGGAGUCGCUGUUCACCUGCAUGAAGUGUGGGAAGGGGUUCACUCGGUCAUCUCACCUCAUGACACACCAACGGCUUCACACUCGGGAGAGGCCCUUCACCUGCUCUGUCUGUGGGAAGGGAUUCUCUGAUUCAUCACACACCAGCGAGUUCACACCAACAACAGGCCGUUCAACUGCUUUGUGUGAGGGAAGAGAUUCACUCAGUCAUGCAAACUGCUGACACACCAGCGAGUUCACACGAAUGAGAGACGUUUUAGAUGUUCAGAUUGUGGGAAGUGCUAUAAAAGCCCUGGAGAUCUGAUGUCCCAUCAACGUGUUCACAGUGAGGAGAGACCUUUUAAAUGCCCAGACUGUGGGAAGUGUUACCGAAGUUAUGGGGACCUGAUGUCCCAUCAGCGUGUUCACACUGACGAGAGACCCUUCAAGUGCUCUCAUUGUGAGAUUGGGUUUAGGCGAUCAUCUGACCUCAUUGAUCACCAGAGGAUUCACACUGGGGAGAGACCAUUCACCUGCGUCGAGUGUGGGAAGGGAUUCAGUCAGAAAUCCAACCUGCUGAAACACCAGCAAGUUCACACAGAGAAGAGACCUUUUAAAUGCCCAGACUGUGGGAAAUGCUUUAAAAACUCUGGGGACCUGAUGUUCCAUCAACGUGUUCACACUGAUGAGAGACCUUUCAGGUGCUCUCACUGUGGGACUGGGUUCAAGUGGUCAUCCCAACUCACUGUACAUCAGCGAGUUCACACUGGAGAGAGGCCAUUCACCUGCACUGACUGUGGGAAGAGAUUUGCUGUGAAAUUCAACCUGCUGAGUCAUCAGCGCGUUCAUGAGUACUGAUAGUGAUUGGAUUUCACUGUGAACAUUUCCCUGCUUGCUAAUGUCCUUACCUCUCGGCCAACAAUCUGGUUUCAAGUCCCACCUGGCAUGAAGCUGUCUCAACAGAUCCAAACAGUUCGAUUCAGAAUGUUUUUUUCAAUCGAUGUUUGAACUAUAUCCAUUUGAGUCUGUUUCUACUGAAAUUAACAAACUCCAGUUCAGUAAACUCAGUCUAUCAAAA